GGGUAGCGGGGCGCUAGACCGCUGAGGCGGCAGGGGGGAAGGCGGACGGGCGGAGCUUCGCUUCCGCGCCUAAUGUGAGGGGGCGGGCUGCGCGUCCGUGUGGUGGGAGCCGUAUCGUCUGGGGAAGGGGCAGCUUCGGCCGCGGCAAGCCUCGCCGAACCGCUUGUGCGCGGGGACGGGCGAUCGAGCGGCGGGCAGGCGCUCCAGGCUGCGUGCGGCCCACCCCGGCCCGCGUGGCAGCGGAACCUCGGGCAGCUGGCAGCGCCUCGGUGGCAGGGGCUGGAGGUGCAGACCCCUCCCCUCGGCCCAAUUCCCUUGGCGGCAACAGGCGUCACGUCGGUGAGAAAACAUGAGCCGAGAUUUCAAACCCGGAGACUUGAUCUUUGCCAAGAUGAAGGGUUAUCCCCAUUGGCCAGCCAGGGUGGAUGAAGUUCCUGAUGGAGCAGUAAAGCCUCCUACGAAUAAAAUGCCUAUUUUCUUUUUUGGCACCCAUGAGACGGCAUUUUUGGGACCAAAGGACAUAUUCCCUUACUCUGAAAAUAAAGAUAAAUAUGGCAAACCAAAUAAAAGAAAGGGUUUUAAUGAAGGCUUGUGGGAAAUCGACAAUAAUCCCAAAGUGAAGUUCUCUCAUCAGCAGUCUCAUCCAGCUGUUAACACUGCUGUCAAAGAAACUGUUCAAGAAAGUAGUCAGGAGCUUGCUGAAGGGAGUGAAGAAAAAGCAGGAGCUAAAAGAAGGAAGUUUUCUGUCCCAAAACUGUCCCCUAAAGGGGAUAGUAACUUACCUGCAGAAGCUGAAAUGGAAGAAAAGGAGAUGGAUACUUCAAAGGAAGAUGACCUACCUUCAGAAAAAAGCAGUAAAGAAGAUAUGGUGAAAGCAAAUGAUUCUUCUAUUCCUAAAGUUGCUAGAAGAGGAAGAAAAAGAAAGGCCGAAAAACAAACUGAAAAUGAUGAAACAGCAGCAGUGGCAACAGCAGGAGUGGCACCAGCAGCAGCAGGUCCUGUGCCAGUGUCUCCAAAAGUAAGCCCCAAGAGAGGAAGACCAGCAGCUUCUGAAGUAAAAGUUCCAAAACCAAGAGGGAGGCCCAAGCUGGUGAAACCACCUUGUCUUUCAGAAAGUGACUUCGGUAAUGAGGAGGAGAAGGUAAAGAAAAAAGGACCAGAAGAAAAACCCAAAAAACAAGGCAAAAAAGAUGAGGAAAGUCAGAAGGAAGAGGAUAAAUCAAAGAAGGAACUUGAUAAAAAAGAAGGAAAGAAAGAGACUGAACCUAAAAGGAAAAGUGCUCCAAAAGUGGGUUCCACCUCAGCUUCUGAUUCUGAAGAUGAUGGAGAAGAGCAAGAAGGUGACAAGAAGAAAAGAGGGGGAAGAAGCUUUCAGGCAGCUCAUAGAAGAAACAUUCUAAGAGGACAUGAGAGAGAAGCAGUAGAAAGAAAGCGUAAGCAAGAGGAGCAGACAGAAUCUGAAUUGCAGAGCAAAGAAGAAGGCAAGAAAACAGAAGUUAAGAAGAUGGAGAAGAAGAGGGAAACAUCAAUGGAUUCUAGGCUUCAAAGGAUACAUGCAGAAAUUAAGAACUCCCUGAAAAUUGAUAAUCUUGAUGUGAACAGGUGCAUUGAGGCUCUUGAUGAACUUGCAUCCCUUCAAGUCACAAUGCAACAAGCUCAGAAACAUACAGAGAUGAUUCUGACUCUAAAGAAGAUAAGGAAAUUCAAAGUUAGCCAAGUUAUCAUGGAGAAAUCUACAAUGCUCUACAACAAGUUCAAGACCAUGUUUCUGGUUGGGGAAGGAGAUUCUGUUCUUUCCCAAGUACUAAAUAAAUCACUUGCUGAACAGAAGCAGCAUGAGGAAGCCAACAAAACCAAAGAACAGUGGAAGAAAGGAGCAAACAAAAAAAAUGAAAAGGACCAAACAGGUCCAAAGGUUCUAAAUGGAGGGUCUGAAGCUCAAGACACCAACCAGCCACAACACAAUGGAGAGAACACUGAGGAAAAGAAGGAUAGGCAUGAAGUUGGCACUAAGAAAAAGACAUGUGGUGAAGAGAGAGAGCUUGAAAAGCCAGCAAAAGAGUCUGCCUUUGAAAGCAAAUGACACCACUGGAGUAAUUUUUUAAAACACAAACUUAAGGGGAUAGUUAAGAUUUGCUUUUAAAAUCUAUAGACUGCUGAAAGUUUAAAAUAAUUUUAUAAGCAUAGUAUUUU